AUGGUCUGGGUAGCCACCAUCCUCUACUGGAUUACUGUAACGCGAGCCCAGGAUCUCGAGGAAAUCGGUAAAUCAAAUUUUUUCCUUUUUACAUCACUCCAUGAUUCUCGGACCUCCGGUGUUUCGAAUGUCUAAUUUUAUUAUUUUUUAAUGCGAUUACUGGGAACAAAUAGGCUGAAAAUUGACUUUUAAUGGUAUAUGUUAGACCAGUCCUAAUACUAUGCAUAAAAAAUGAAAUUUCAGAGAAAUGUUACAGUUGUUCCUCGACCACUUUCGCCCAUCGAUGGCCCCGCACUCAGAACAGCACCUAUUUGUUCAUAAGGGACCCUCCAAUCGUGGCCAACGAGACCUGUGAUAACAUGAAAAGUGCCCUUCCUGUGGUCCCGUGUCCCAAUAGUGUCUGUGUAAAAUUUGUUUUGGUCGAGACCUCGGCCAACAGGGCUGUCUGCAGUGCUCGUAAGUUGGUUUAUCUGUAUUCAAAAUAGUAUUUUCCAACUAAAAAAUGGGGGUCAAUUUAAAGACAUUUUUAUGAAACGAAUUAGAAGGACGUAAAAUAAAAAUGCAAGGGGAAUUCUCAUAAACAUUAAAAUUAAAUCUCCUUAUUAAUCAUGCCGAUGAAAUGAUGCUGCUUACCGUAAAAUAAGAUAAUUUCAGUCCAAUCCCCCAUCAUCGUUAGAGACUGUUGGAGUCGGAUCCUCCAUUCAGACGACCCCGACCUUCAACUCCGACCUCUUGACGACAAGCCUGUAAGUAUUUCAAAAAAUUCAAAUCCAAAUAAUUUAAACUUAGGUGCCCCUUAUCGGAAUGGCAGAGUCAGAUCGGACAAUCGGUGCUGUGUAUACCUGCAAUGGAUAUCUAUGUAACUCCUCGAGCUUAUUAAAUGUGAAGAGUACUCUGAUUCUUGUGAUAUUACUAGCAAUGACGAUAGUCUUUCGAGUUAAAUAA